UUUCCAUGGCGGAGCCACAAAAGCCGUUACGCUGCAGCAGUGUCCACUCUCGCGAUUCGACAGGUUGUCCGAUUGAAGGCAUGAAAUCUGUGAUCGCGACUGUCAGUGGAUACCAUGGAAUCGAGCGUUUGAACCUUGUAAAGCUCAUCUCUCAUGCCGGUGCGAGUUAUGUCGGCGCAAUGUCAAGCUCCAUUACGCAUUUGGUUUGCUGGAAAUUUGAGGGAAGGAAAUACGGUAUUGCUAUGAAUUCUGAAACUAUAGUAGUGAACCAUCGGUGGAUUGAGGAUUGCAUAAAGCAAGGAAAGCGAGUUCCGGAGCGUCCUUAUACCUUCAAAUGUGGGCAGGAGGUGGGACCCUUAUUGUCGGAAGUUCCACAAGUUCCUAAAGUUGGUGCCUCGGUGAAAAAGCAGAAAGUUCUUUAUGACAAAUCAAAUACUUGUUAUGGCUCUGAAAAGAAAAGGGGCUAUAUGGGGGUUGAAGCAUCUGGGGAUGUCGUUUGUAAUCGUUCUUUGUUAAAUCAGACCUUAUUUUGUGAUGUCAAUAAAGUCGGAAAUUCUUCUCAUAAAUCAAAGGAUGAACUUGUCAAAAGCACUUCAGGGCAAGAACAUCCUAUAUCUAGACCACUCAAAAACCCGCAUGAAGGGACAAGUUCCCAUGCUUCCUUGGAAUUGGUGAGGAGGAAAGGGAAGAUUAUAAAUAAUAAUGGGAGCAAUGAGCCUGAAACUUCACGUAGAAGAAGAAGGCUUGUUAAAAAAAGUACACACAGUGAUAUUUUGGACUUAUUCCCCUCGGGCUCCAAUCAAGAUUGCUAUCCAAUUGAAGUUGAUAACCUGAACCAAAACAACGAAGACGUCGUGGUUCUUCUGUCUAAUCCUUUAGAUGCAGCAAUGUGUGCUAAUGUAUCCGAUAAUGGACGACCAUCUAUUGAUGGAUUCUUUAACCCUAAGGAAAGCAGAAAUAAAGGUUUGGAUUCUGUUGAAGCUGAUGUUCCAAGUCGUUUUUGUGCUUCAAUGGAUCCAAAUGAACCAGAUGUGCAUGCUGAGAAUGGAUUAAUGGACUUAGAAAAUACUUCAGAAGAUGGGUGUUCUGAUGCAGAGAACUCUAAAGAGGAAACAACGAAAGGACUUGAGAUUAAGCAUGAUUCUACUAUUCCUUCUUCCACAGAGUUAUCCUGUGUUAUAUGUUUGACAGAUUUCAGCUCAACUCGAGGAGUUUUGCCAUGUGGUCAUCGAUUCUGUUAUUCAUGCAUUGAAAGUUGGGCUGAUCAUAUGGCUUUAAAAAGAAAGAUAUCAACAUGCCCUUUAUGCAAGGAAAGUUUUGCAAGCAUAAUAAAGUUUGAAGAUACAGCUACUGAUGGUCAGAAAAUAUAUUCUCAAACCAUUCCGUGUGGCUUAUCAAUGAUGGACAUGUUCAUUCUUCAUGAUCAGGAAACAGCCAAUAUGACUGCUCAGCAUGACUCAGCAACUGUUUGUAGCGUAUGCCGACGUCUGGAGCCAGUGGAUCUUCUCAUCAUCUGUAAUGUGUGCCAAAUUCGACGCAUCCAUUCCUACUGCCUUGACCCUCCUGUGGAUCCAUGGACGUGCAUUGACUGCAAAGAUCUGCAAAGGCUGUUACCUCUCAGCCGUUGAAAGCUCUUUUCCCCUAGUACAUGGAAACUU